GAGUUUUGUCACUUGGUGUUUUCCCAUAUUCCGUCGAUUCCUCAUGUCAAAGCUUCUUCACAUUUCUACAAAACCCCCUUUUGUGUUCAUCAAAUUCAUCAUUUCACAUUUCUACAAUAAUAAGCAUCCAUGGUGCAUAUUCUAGAAAAUGGAGAGCACUUUCAUGCUGAUACCAGAGAACCCGAACCUGAACCUGAAGGGUUCGGGUCCGGGUUCUCUAUAAACGACCACCACGAUCUGCUGAUCGAGGUGUUAAAGCGACUCGACGGGCGGUCGCUAGGAGCUGCCGCAUGUGUGUGCCGCCAAUGGUGCGCAAUCGCUCGUAACGAUUCGCUCUGGGAGCAUCUGUGCUUCCGCCACGUGUCGCCACCACCGGUUGGUGUUAGACCGGUGGUGUCGGCAUUGGGUGGAUACAGGAGGCUGUACAUGGUGUGUGUACGGCCUGUGCUGAGUCGACUCAAGCGGAGGCGACUCGGUGGUGAGUCGGAGGUGGUGAGGCGAGUCUGGAACCAGCAUGAGGUGGAGUUAUCACUGUCGUUGUUUUGUGUGGAGUAUUAUGAGCGGCUGUUGGUCGGCGGUGGGAGGGUCGCCGGAGAUUCGCCGGCGUCGUCGUCGUUGAAGUUUUUAUGCAUGCCGGUGAAUGUUUGAUGAAACGACGUCGUUAUUGUUGGGUGUUUGAAGCUACCAGCGUACUAGUGGGUGACAUUCUUUAUUUUCUUGUGGUUUUUUUUCUUUUUUUUUUUUUUUUUAAGUUUAAGUUGAAUUUUCGAUGAUUAUAUUUUUAUAUUUUAUAGAGAAAUACAGUAGUUAUGAAAUUAAAAUUGUCUGUUUAUGUGUUUGAUUUUGUGGUAGUUGAUUGAGUCUGUUUGAAUA